AUGGAGGAUUUCAAGCGCGCUGAGCGCGGCAGCAUAGCUCAGGCCAGCCUUGUUGACGACAACGAGAGCACCUUUGCGGACAUGUUCUUCAGCACCGCUCCUGGGGAAAGGGUUUCCACCCAGCGAACAAGUCAAGUUCCUAACAUCGAUGUUCAGUGGGGUUCAGAUGCCCGGUUCAACCGCUCCAACAGCUUUGUACCAGACCCCAAAGAAACGUACGACGCCUUAUCAAAGGGCCAGUUGAGAUAUAUGGAGUGCCUCGAGCCAAGUCAAAGCACAGACAACACUCGCCCACCGAGCCCCAAUGGCGAGCACGCCUCAGGGAAGGGACACAGUCGAAAGUCAUCGGAGAUCCUGAAAAAGGAAGAGGACGUAGAUGCCCCGCCACGAAAGAGGAGGAAGAGCAAGAACACAAAAGAGGACGUUGACGAGGAAGAUGAGGAAAAUGGCACGGCAGCAAAGGCGGCAAGGAAGCGUAAAACCAAGAUCGAGCCGGCUUCCGCCACGCCGCCAGCAGAAAACGGCACAGCUAGCCGAAGACGCAAAUCGGGCACGGGAGCUAAGCCGCCCCGUGAGAAUCUCACGGAAGCCCAGAAGCGAGAGAACCACAUCAAGAGCGAGCAAAAGCGCCGAACUUUGAUCAAGGAAGGCUUUGACGACCUCUGCGAACUCGUGCCAGGCUUGAAGGGAGGAGGCUUCAGCAAGAGUACCAUGCUGACCAUGGCAGCCGAGUGGCUUGAAGAUAUAAUGAAGGGCAACGAUGAGCUCAGGGCUCAAGAGAGCGCUCUCGCGAUCCGGUGA